GAGGGCACACAAAGGCAGUCUUGUUAUAGGGAAUAUCAGAGUGCUGAGAUGACAAAAUCCACUGUGUUAUUUGCAGUCACACAGCAGGAACCGCAGCACGGACACUUUGGCGUUAUCCAGGGUCAGACUGCAAGAACACUCAAGAGUGCAUUGCUGAGAACUCAGCAGACUCACUAUCACAGAGGGCGUUGGCAACUAAACUGAGCGACGGGGGGAAACACCAGAUGCCUGCCUGCAAGUUCCACUAACUGGUAACACUGAAGACACCCUCAUCCUUCAGAGUCAACAGGAUUACCAGGAGCUAGCACAAUGGAGACGCCUGAUGUGGACACCACCACGGCCAACGCCACCGUCACAGCUGGGAAUGGCACCCUGUGCAGCAGAGACUACAAGAUAACCCAGGUUCUCUUCCCGUUGCUCUACACUGUCCUGUUUUUUGUUGGACUCAUCACAAACAGCUUGGCAAUGAGAAUUUUCUUUCAAAUCCGAAGCAAAUCCAACUUCAUUAUUUUCCUGAAGAACACGGUCAUUUCUGAUCUUCUCAUGAUCCUGACUUUUCCUUUCAAAAUUCUUAGUGAUGCCAAGCUGGGAGUCGGGCCUCUGAGGGCCUUGGUAUGCCAAGUCACCUCGGUCACGUUCUAUUUCACAAUGUAUAUCAGUAUAUCAUUCCUUGGAUUGAUAACCAUUGACCGCUACCUGAAGACAACCAGGCCAUUUAAAACCUCCAGCCCCAGAAAUCUCCUGGGUGCGAAGGUUCUUUCUGUCGUCAUCUGGGCCUUCAUGUUCUUGCUCUCGCUGCCCAACAUGAUUCUCACCAACAGGAGGCCCAAAGACAAGAACAUAAAAAAAUGUUCUUUCCUGAAGUCAGAGUUUGGCCUGGUCUGGCAUGAGAUAGUCAAUUACAUCUGCCAAGUCAUUUUCUGGAUUAAUUUCUUAAUUAUCAUUGUCUGCUACAGUCUCAUUGCAAAAGAGCUCUACAGGUCCUACGUAAGAACAAGAGGGGCAGGCAGAGUGCCCAAGAAAAGGGUGAACGUCAGAGUUUUCAUCAUCAUUGCUGUGUUCUUCAUCUGCUUCGUUCCCUUCCAUUUUGCACGGGUCCCCUACACCCUGAGCCAAACCCGGGCUGUCUUCGACUGUGCCGCUGAAAACACUCUGUUCUAUGUGAAGGAGAGCACCCUGUGGCUGACGUCCUUGAACGCCUGCCUCGACCCGUUCAUCUACUUUUUCCUUUGCAAGUCUUUCAGGAACUCCCUGACACGCAUGCUGAGGUGCUCCAGUGCUAUGUCACCCUCUGGAGAAAACAAGAAGAAAGGACAGGAAGGUGGCGACCCAAGCGAGGAGACCCCAGUGUAAAGCGUGACCCCGAGGGGCUGCUUCAGUCUGCGGUGUUCAGACGCCUCCAAGAAAAUCACCGCAGAAAAAUACUAACACUCACUUAGGAGAAGCUGAACUAAUGGGAAGCGAUGUUUAUCUACUGAUCCUGUCUUCAGGAGUGCAGUAGGAUAAACUGCAUCCUAUUGCUAUACUACAGGGAAACCCGCAACCCAUAAAGAAUUAGUGGCUUACCCAGUUCCUGCAAAAUGAGCGACCAUGAAAUGUAAUCUCCACUGUCGUUUUAAAAUCCAUUACCAUUCAGUAUUAUUUCUGCAAUAUGUGAAAACUUGCGUUUGCUCUGAUACAUUAAGCCCAGUAACUCCUGACCUCUCAUUUAGAGCAACAAGGACAACAGCAAACCCACAAACACUUAAACCAAAUGAAAUGACAUUGGGUGAGACCCGAAUUAUUAUACAUGGUAGAGGUUUCAUCUAUCUUCCCAUAAAGAACGGAUACAGUGAAUAAAACCAUUAACUUAAGGAGUGUAACUUUCAUAGCAUUCUAAUAUUUAAAAAAGUAUAUGACUACUUCCUUAACACUAGAGAAAGCAAUUUCACUAAGAUUCUGAGUUUACUCAGUAUGGUGCCAUCAUUGGCACUUGUCUUAUUAUUAAUCAGCUUUAGAAAUGCCUGCUGCUUGAAUAAAAAACAAACAAAAAACCCACUUCUUAGUAAGAAAAGAAAUAACUAUAAUUAUCAAAUUGUUCCUCACAUCGACCAAUAGGAAAGUGGUUGAACUAUAUGACAUUACUUGUUUGUAAUCAUGUGUAUACUAUAAAGAAAUUACGUUUAUUCUGUA